CUAUCUAGGUUUGGAUUUGACUUCCAUUCAAUGUUCAUGCCUGACUUUAUGCACAAAUUUGAACUCAGUGUUUGGAAAGGGACUCUCACCCAUCUACUACAGAUUCUGCAUGCAUUUGGUGGAGAUACUAUGACACAGUUCAAUGCUAGAUUUUGGUGUGUGCCAACAUUCAGGAGGGACAUUAUUCAAAAGUUCAGUCAGAAUAUGUCAAAUCUCACCAAACUCACUGUGAGAGAUUAUGAAGACUUGUUGCAG